GGGGGCGGGAGAUGAUGACGUCGACUUUCUCCGCAGCAGCAGCAGGAAAAGACGGGGGAGGAGAAGAGGAAGAGUAUCAGAGUAGGAGCGCAGGAGCGCGUCUCGUCAACCUGCCUGCCUGCCUGCCUGCCGCCAUGUCGACGCCGCGGCCCCUCACUUUCGUCUUUGUAAAUGUUCACUUUCUCCUUCCGUGACCAAACGUCAGCAGCAUCCGCCUCGGCGGCCAUGAAGCCCCGCCUCCUUCUCAGUCAAGGCCUCCCCGCCGGCCGGUCGCCGCCCGCCAGCAGGUCGCUCGCUCGCUCGCUCGCUGAGGGGUGACCCAUGAAGACUCCGAAUGAAACAAACAAGCAGCGGGGGGAGGAGGCGGAGCAGACGCCGAGCCCUCUGGAGAGCAAUGUGAAGGCAGCCCAGCUGUGGCGGGACGCCGCCCUCCGCUCCAGGAAGCUGCGCAACGAUCUGCGCCAGCUGCCCCCCGAGCCCAAAGACGCGGCGGCGGCCACCGCCGACUUGGCCGCCGACUUGGCCCACGUGGAGGCCCUGAACCUGGGAAACAGCCUCCUGCAGGAGCUGCCCGAAGGCCUGGCGUCCAGUCUCGGCAACCUGCGCGUGCUGGUGCUGCGCAGGAACCGCUUCUCCAGCGUGCCGUGCGCCGUCUUCGAGCUGAGGCAGCUGGUGGAGUUGGACCUGAGCCACAACCGGCUCCAGGCCGUGGCCGAGGGCCUGUGCCGGCUGAGCCGGCUGAAGAAACUGAGCGUAAGUCACAAUAGCAUUCAGCGGCUCCCUGAGCGCAUGGCCGCCUUGGAGCGUCUGGAGGAACUGGACGUCAGCUUCAACCAGCUCUGCGACAUGCCGGCGUCCUUGCGCGGCCUGGCCCGGCUGCGCACGCUGGACGUAGACCACAACAAACUCAGCAGGUUCCCUCCCGAGAUCCUGACGCUGGGCGACUUGGAGGAACUGGACUGCUCGGGGAACCAGUUUGAAGCUUUGCCAGAGGACGUGGUGAAGCUGAAGAGCAUCAAGAUCUUGUGGCUGAGCAGCCUCCGCUUGAAGUCCUUGCCCCACACGCUCUGCCAUCUGCAGAACCUGGAGAGCCUGAUGUUGGACGGGAACCGCCUGACCACGCUCCCGCACGCCUUUGGCGGCCUGCGAACGCUCCGAAUGGUCAACUUGUCCUCCAACCAGCUCACUGACUUCCCUGGGGCUCUUCUGGACAUUCUGGGGCUGGAAGAACUCUACCUGAGCAGGAACAAACUGACUCGGGUGCCCGAGGAAAUCGGGCGCUUGCAGAACCUGGUCAACCUUUGGCUGGACAACAACGACAUCGCCUACCUGCCGGCCUCAUUGGUGGACUUGGUGGACCUGGAGGAGCUGGUUCUCCAGGGCAACCAAAUUGCCGUCCUUCCUGACCACUUUGGCAGGCUGUCCAAGGUGAACAUCUGGAAGGUGAAGGACAACCCGCUGGUGCGGCCUCCGUACGAGGUGUGCAUGAAGGGGAUCCCGCACAUCGCCGCGUACCAGCGGGACGCGGCGCGCUCACAGGUGCAAGCCAGGCCCAGACUCAAAGUGGUCCUGGUGGGACGGAAGGAUGCCGGGAAGACGCGACUGCGCCGGUGCCUGCUCAACGAGAGCCAACGCGAGAGCCGGCUGCUCGGCGAGACCCAACGCGAGACCCGACGCGGGACCCAACGCGAGAGCCAACGCGAUAGCCAACACGAGAGCCAACGCGAGAGCCAGCUCAGCCAGAGCCAACGCGAGUGCCAGCUCAGCCAGAGCCAACGCGAGUGCCAGCUCAGCCAGAGCCAACGCGAGUGCCAGCUCAGCCGGAGCCAACGCGAGAGCCAGCUCAGCCAGAGCCAACGCGAGAGCCAGCUCAGCCAGAGCCAACGCGAGAGCCAGCUCAGCCAGAGCCUGCUCCUCAGCGACAGUGAGAGCCAGCUCAGCGACAGCGAAGGCGUCCACGCCAGCCAGGGGAUCCAAGUCAGCACCUGGGCGGCCGAGGGCGGCCCGGCCUUCCUUGUCUACGACUUGUCGGGAAAGCCCGAGCUGGACCCGCUCAAGGCCUUCUUCUUGUCCCCCUCUGCGCUCUACAUCCUGGUGGUCAACCUGCAGGCUUACUCUCCGUGCAGCUUCUACAGCCACGUGGGCUACUUCCUGCACCUGCUGGGCGCCAAGGUGCCCCAAGCCGUGGUGCUGCUGGUGGGCACGCACGCCGACCUGUGCGGGGAGGCCGAGCUGGAGGAAAAGAAGCUGGACGUCCAUCGGCAGGUGGGCCUGCAGCAGAGGAGGGACAUCCAGGUCCUGGCCGGCUCAGCACUCAAGGUGGAGCAGGCCUUGCAGCAAGGCUACGCCGCGCGCGCCUCCUGUCCGCACAGCCCCUUCUACGCCGUCUCCGACAGCAACCUGCGGCGGAAGAAGGCUGGCCUGCGCGCGCUUCUGGACCGGCGCCUGCAGAUUCUCUCCCCCUUGCUGAGCGUCAGCUGCGGCGCGCCUGGCGGCGAGCAGACUGACAUCUGGCGCCUCUGCCGCAAACUGACCUCCGUGGCCCGCCACCCCGACAUCUUCCCCGAGCUCUACCGGCCGCCGCCCGGGUCCUGGCGGACACUGGAGGAGCUGCUCCGCCGGUCCCCCCAGUUUUGGCUGACCCGCCGCGACUCGGCGCGUCUGGGCCAGCAGGCCGGGCUGACGGGGGAGGAGCGCCUGCAAAGCGCCUUGUCCUACCUGCACCGCAGCGGGGCGCUGCUGCACUUGGAGGACAGCCCCGCCCUGAAGGACUACGUUUUUCACAAGCCACCGCGCCUCCUCGCCAUCCUCAACGUCUUCUUCCAGAGAGACGGGACGGGCACUGCUGCCGCCGCCGGAACCCGGCCGCCCGAUGAGGACGGUGAGAAGCUACAGCGCCACCUGGACGCUUUCCGUAGCCACGGCCUCCUGCCGUCCUCCGCCAUUCCCUGGCUGCUGCGCCCUCUCGUCCAGACCCAGCGGGACGUGGACGCGGUCCUGGAGCUCCUGGACAAGAUGGGCGUCUGCUAUUGCGUCAACAAAGCCCGCGGCGGCAAGCCCCCCAAAGGCACCACCGAGCUGUGGUACAAAUUCCCCGGGUACGUCCACCGAGGCGACGGGAGCCCCGAGAGCCCACCCCGAGGCGCCUUUGGGACGGAACCCGGCGGCGGGAGCCCCGAGAGCCCAACCCGAGGCGCCUUUGAGACGGAAGCCGGCGGCGGGAGCCCCGAGAGCCCCCCCCCAGGCGCCUUUGAGACGGAAGCCGGCGGCGGGAGCACCGAGAGCCCACCCCGAGGCGCCUUUGAGACAAAACUCGGCGGCGGGAGCUCGGAACCCGACGGGGGCCAGGCGCCGCCCGGCCCCCCUUUCGCCGCUGAGCGGCUGCAGAUCCGCUACAGCUUCCCCUUCCUGCUCCCGCCCGGGAUCUUCGCCCGCUUGGCCGCACGCAUCGACCGACACGUGGUCCGCAGGUGGGACGGCCGGCGCUGCGUCCUGGCGUACCGCGGAAAAGUCCCGGUGGUCAUCAGCCACCGGCCGGCGCCACCGCAGGCCCACACCCUGUCCAUCAGCAGCCGCGCUGCGCUGCCCAACAUGUGGACUGCGUGGCAGGCUGUCACGCCGCUGCUGCGCGAGCUGGAUGCCCUGCUGGAGGACUGGCCCGGUCUGCACUACCACAAGCACAUCCUGUGCGCCAAGUGCCUGCGAAGAGGCUCGGCCAGCCCGCACGCCUUCCCCGGAGAGCUUCUGUCCCAGCGGCGUCCCGAAGGCGUUAGCGAGCUGACGUGUCCCAAGAAUUCUUCUGAGCGAGUUAACGUGGCUUUGGUCUACCCGCCCGCACCCACAGACAUUGGGCCCGAGUGACCCCGCCACACCCAACAGAGACUCCGACCGACCUCACACGCCGGUUGUCGGUCUGCUGCGAAGGGCUCGGGGAUGCUUUCUCAGGAACCUGACGCCAGAGCGUCGCACUGCUGUAAACACGGCGAGGAACGGAUCGAUGCGUCCCGGACACGCUCCAUCAGGCGACGCGACUAUUUACUCCUCAGUUGGUGUCCAAAGAUGAGCAAAAUGUCUUUUUGUGCGUCAUUGUGACGGAACCUCGUUGUUACCGUGGCGACACGUGACAGAGUGCCUGGUGGAUGACUGGCCUUUUUCAUGGAAAUAAAGCCUUUAUUUUGCUACACAAUCAGAAGAGAGGCGUGUGAAUAAAAGAAAGAAUUAUUUAUCCUUUUUGAUAUUUUGGCACUUGUUUUCUUGCACUCGUAUGCGCUGCUGUGACAAGUACAUUUCCCCACUGUGGGAUGAAUAAAGUUCUAUCAUAUCAUCAAAUCAA